AUGGGAGGCAUUGGCAAGACAACACUUGCCAGUAAUAUUUACAAUGAUUCAUUUAUUAAGCAUCACUUCCACAUUCGGGCCUGGACAACUCUAUCUCAGGAAUAUCAUGUGCGAGAACUGCUUGUAGACCUUCUAAAAUCCACGGGAGAUUUCAUUGAUGAAAUGAAUCAACAGGAAACAGACCAAUUAAAAACUCGCGUAUAUCAACCCUUAGAUGAACUUACAAGGAUAUUCCCAGAUGAUAAUAAUGGAAGUCGGAUAAUUUUGACUACUCGGCUAUCCAGUAUUGCUGCUAAUUCUGACUCUCCUGGCCCUAUUCAUCAUCUGAGUUUUCUAAGUCCCGAACAAAGCUGGAACCUUCUGUGCCAGAAGGCCUUUGUGAAAGAAUGCUGUCCCUCUGAACUAGAGGAAAUUGGAAGGAGGAUUGCAGAAAAAGGCAAAGGACUUCCACUUGCACUCGUAGUAAUUGGUGGCGUCCUCUACAAAGCGGAGAAGACACGAGCCAAUUGGGAGUAUGUUGCAGAAAAUGUAAAAUCUGCUGUAACUGGAAAUUUUGAUGAUUUCAUGGAGAUACUCUCUUGGAGUUACAACCACUUGCCUCACCGUCUUAGAGCGUCCUUCCUUUAUAUGGGAGUUUCCCCUGAAGAUUAUUUUAUCCAUGUCACCCAUCUUAUCAGGUUUUGGGUUGCUGAGGGAUUUAUAAAGCCAAUUACACAUAAUAAUUUUGAGGAAGUAGCAAAGGAGUAUUUGGAAGAACUUAUUGAUAGAAAUCUAAUAAUGGUUCGCCAUCGGAUUUGCACUGGUGAAAUCAUAACCUGCAGCAUCCAUGACAGAAUGAGAGAGCUGUGUGUGAGGAAAGCUCGGGAGGGAAAGUUUCUUCACAUCACGGAUCAAAAAGUUGAGAUUUCAACGGAACUCAUGAAAAACCAGCGUCAUCUAAGUAUUCAUCGAGAUAUGCGGUAUGACCUAUCAGACAUAUAUGACUCAACUAUCCGUUCACUUCUAUACUUCACAGAUAGUCUAUUGCCAAAUUCUCUAUGUUUUCAGCUGCUCAGGGCGUUGGAAGCAGAGGAACUCUUAAAGAUGCCACAGUUAAGGCAUCUCUUGUUCGAUGAAGCUGUCUUGCUUUGUUCUCAUGGUCCACAAAAUGCGAACCUACAAGAACUUUCUGGUGUAAUAGAUUUCAGAUUCACUCAGGAGGCCCUUCAAAUAAUUCCGAACCUGAGGACAUUGAGAAUUUCUUACUAUUGUGACCGUGAAACUGGGUUGUCAUUAUACUGUCUUGAGAAUUUAGUCCUCCUGGAACAACUUGAAAGUCUUAAGUGCAAUUUUUGGAGACAUAUUCCUCUGCUUCAGAACCUUCCCACCAAAUCUGAAGAAGUUAACUUUGAGUGGUUGUAG